UCAUUUUUUAUUUUUAUGGUAUAUCCGACUUUUGUUUUGAAACAGGCAUCAAACAAAAUAUGGAAUUCAACUAUAAAAAUACCAGAAUUAAAAACAACUCUUCCUGCAUCACCUCCUUCAUUUGACCAAAAUGAAGUAGUCAAUCUAGUGACAGACAUGUUUCGACAAUAUAAAGGUCGUAUCUUGGUUAUAACUGGUGCAGGUAUAUCAACUGAUUCUGGUAUACCUGAUUACAGAGGAGAUCAGGGAACCUAUAUCAGAAAUCCUAAACAUAGACCAAUUUUAUAUCAUGAACUUGCAAGCUCACAUAGUUAUCGACAACGUUAUUGGUCUCGUAGUUAUUUAGGCUGGCCAAGCAUGUUUGCAGCAUUACCUAAUCUUAGUCAUCAUAUACUAAAAAAAUUAAUCACAGAGCAACCUUAUGUUCAGAAUAUUAUUACGCAAAAUGUGGAUCAUCUACAUUCAAAAUUAAAUACGCCCAAGGAUAGACUUUUAGAAUUGCAUGGAACGCUAUAUAAAGUUGAAUGCAUGGAGUGUGGGGAAUCAAGUGCGGACCGAAAUUUAUAUCAACACCGAAUUCAUGCUCGGAAUCCAACCUGGGGUGAAUUUUUAUUGGGCAAUAAAGAAAUGAAAAUCAAUCCAGAUGGUGAUGUUGAAUUACCUGAAGGUGUGUCAUAUCAUCAUUUCGAUAUUCCUCCCUGUCUGUCUUGUGGAAGUAAUAAGAUGAAACCAAAGGUUGUGUUCUUUGGUGAAAGUAUUAAGCCAAAUAUAACACAUCAAGCUGAAAAUUGGGUUGAAAAAGCAGAUGCUUUACUUAUCUUGGGUUCCUCAUUGGCUACCUAUUCUUCUUAUAGACUUGUUAGAUUAGCUCAUCAAGCAAAUAAACCUAUUGGAAUCAUCACAAAGGGUCCUACAAGAGCCGAUAAUUUGAUGAGUUGGAAGGGUGAAGUAGCUUGUACUCCAAUUUUAACUGAACUUUAUUCGAAUUUGAUUUGAUUGGAAUUUAAAUAAAAUAAAAUAAAUAAAAAUACUAGACGCACCCUACAUUUUUCAGUUGGUUCAAGUAUUCGUUAUCAUAAUAAUUCUUUCGUAAAUUUCAUUCUCUUUUUCUU